GCCCUGUGGACGAGGUCAAAUUGGAGGACGAAGCUAGAGCUGCAGCUGGAAUCGGGCCCGGAAGCAAGCGCUGGAGCUGGAGCUGGAGAUGGAGGUAGCGGGAGCGACAUGACUUCGAUUACGCUGCGGAGUGUUGUGCACGGGGGAGGACCAGAACAAUGCGAGACACGUCUCCGCGAAGGAACGCUCAAUUCUAGACCCCGCGCCCUCGCAUAGCGUUCUUGUUUGCUGCUGCACCUUGGCAGCGCUAGGUCUCAUGGACUGGAUCGCGUAACGAGGGUCGGUCGGCUUCAGCGUUGGUAGGAAAUUGAGCAGUGUCGGAUUCUCGGUAGUUUGGGUCGUUCGUUUCCCGUCUCGUGGAUUUCGAGCUUUUGUGCAAUCGAGCAAGAAACAGGAGGAAGAUUCUUCACUGUCCCGGGUAGAUCCGCUGGAUGGUUGUGGUUGAAUUGGCGGGAAUUCGGAGCGGUAGUUGUUUGAGUAAUCGCUGAUUUUGCUCAAUUUGUUAUUUUUCUUCACGACCUGUGAGGCUGAAGGACUGCAUGGAAUUGUGAACGAUCGGAUUGGGCCCUUCGAAUUUUUGGUUCCUGGAUUGGACCUUCAAGGGUUGGGGAUCAAAGCGCGAUCGUUGUAGGAGCUGAAUUGGUAUAUUGGUUGUGUUCUGGAUCGGACCCAUUGAAGCCCCGGUAUUCGAUUUGUUCAGGGAAAUCAAAUUUAGGAGUAAGGAAAGUCAAAGCGGCAAUUAGCGAGGACGACGAAAUGUCUAUGAUGCUGGUGAAUUGUAGUGGCUGCCGGACGACCCUGCAGGUACCUCCUGGAGCCCCUUCGAUACGAUGCAGUGUGUGCAGCCGAGUCCUAUCUAUCGCCACGCGUUCCGCACCUGCACCAUAUCCUCCACAGCAAUCCUCUAUCCAAUCGUUCCAACCUCCUAUGCAUCCACAGUAUGCGCCAACGCCACCUCAUCCUGGAGGUCAAAAGAAGGCAGUGAUUGUGGGUAUUUGUUACAGGUCCACUAGGUACGAGCUGAAAGGGUGUAUCAACGACGCCAACUGCAUGAAGUACAUGCUCUUGAACAGAUUUCAAUUUCCUGAAUCCUCGAUUCUAAUGUUAACAGAGGACGAGAGAGAUCCUUUGAAGCGACCUACACGUCAUAAUAUACGGAUGGCACUUUACUGGCUGGUUCUAGGGUGCAAACCAGGAGACUCACUCGUCUUUCAUUUUUCUGGACACGGCGCUCAACAAAGAAAUACGUUUGGUGAUGAAAAGGAUGGAAUGGACGAAACAAUAUGUCCUGUUGACUUCGAGGUGAAUGGAAUGAUAGUAGAUGAUCAAAUUAAUGAAGCCAUUGUGCGGCCUUUGGGUCCUGGCGUGAGGCUUCAUGCUAUCAUCGAUGCCUGUCAUAGUGGAACAGUGCUGGACCUGCCUUGGUUCUGCAGGAUGGACAGGCAAGGUCAAUGGGCUUGGGAAGAUCAUCGGUCUUCUCGCGUUUAUAAAGGAACCAACGGUGGAGAAGCCUACUCUUUCAGUGGAUGUGACGACGGACAAACAUCUGCUGACACUUCGGCUCUAGCAAAGAGCGCCAGUACCGGAGCAAUGACAUUCAGCUUCAUUCAAGCGGUUGAGAGGCGUGAAGCUAUGACUUAUGCGGGUCUCUUGAGUUCAAUGCGAAAUUCUAUCCGUCGAGCAAAUUCAGGUUCACGAGGGGUAACAGAUCUUAUUGGAAUGCUUUUAUCUGGAGGCAGCUUUCCUGGCGGUGCACUAACCCAGGAACCCCAGUUGACUUCAGCAAAUUGUUUCGAUAUCAAUAGUCGAUUUCAUUUAUAGAAGAAAAUGUUGGUACAUAGGUUUUGAAAAAUAAAUUAAAUUUCGACUAUAUGUGGUCAGGCUAAGUCAUUGGUGGAUCUUACUUCCCUCACCAUUUAGGUCGUGUUCAUUCCAAUGCAGCCUGAUCGAACAUAAGUUACUUGGGUUUAAGUAAUGAUCGUAGGAGAGAUGUAGAAUCAACAUAAAUUGAGAUUCUCCUGUGUAUUAAUCUGUAUUUUUCUACAAUGUAAAGAAAAGGAGGUCCAGC